AUGAGCAAGCGCAACCAAGUGUCGUACGUGCGGCCCGCCAAGCCGACUUUCCUGGCUCGCUUCAAAGAAAGGGUCGGUUACAGGGAAGGACCCACUGUUGAGACCAAGAGAAUCCAGCCUCAGCUUCCAGAUGAAGAUGGUGAUCACAGCGACAAGGAAGAUGAACAACCUCAAGUGGUGGUUUUGAAAAAGGGAGACCUAUCAGCUGAAGAAGUCAUGAAAAUUAAAGCAGAGAUAAAGGCUGCCAAAGCAGAUGAAGAACCAGCUCCAGCUGAUGGAAGAAUCAUGUAUCGAAAACCAGUCAAGCGUCCCUCAGAUGAAAAAUAUUCAGGUUUAACAGCAAGCUCAAAAAAGAAAAUGGCAAAUGAAGAUGAAAUAAAUAAGGACUCAGUUAAAAAGAACUCACAAAAGCAAAUAAAAAACAAUAGCCUCCUUUCCUUUGAUAAUGAAGAUGAAAAUGAAUAAGCAUACACAUUUUGGACUUAGUCUCCUUGGGGAGUAU